AUGAGCUCUCGACCGGUUCGCAUCGCAGGCGCCUCUGGCUCUGCAUCUGACCGACGCCAUGCCAUUGCAGAAUUUGCCCGCAACUAUCCACAAGAUCCGGUGGACGUCAUAAUCGCAGACUUCAUGAGCGAAGCCAAUAUGGUCGUCGCCGCUGGACGGCGAGUAGAUCAAACUCAGACUCAGGGCAAGCCUAGCACAGAUGCCACUGAUAUUCCACCAGGCUACGAGUUGUCAUUCCUCUUGGCUCUGCAGCCGGCGCUGGAAGACCUGGCGAAGCACCGUAUCAAAUUAGCCGUUAAUGCGGGAAAUACGGAUACGCAAGGGCUGUACGACGCAGUAACACAAAUGAUCCGGGCAAAGGGGUUAGAUCUAAAGGUGGCCUGGGUGUCUGGUGAUGAGGUUUUAUCUACUGUGAAAACGGCGCUAUCGUCGGGCAAGUCGAACUUCAAGAACAUCUAUACAAAUGAGGUACUGUCGGAUUGGUCAUUCGAACCAAUAUUUGCACAGUGUUACCUGGGAGGUCUUGGAAUAGCAGCUGCUCUUGCUGAGGGUGCCGAUAUAGUGCUCUGUGGAAGGGUAUCUGAUGCAUCUCCAGUCAUUGGAGCGGCAUAUUGGUAUCACCAAUGGCGGCGAAGCGACCUUGAUCAAUUAGCCAAUGCUUUUGUCGCGGGUCAUCUCAUCGAGUGCAGUAACUAUGCCUGUGGAGGAAACUAUACCGGGUUCAAAGAGCUAGAACACGUUGGCAAAGAUGGAUGGUCCAACAUCGGCUACCCCAUUGCUGAGAUAUCGGCGGAAGGAAGAGUGGUUAUCACGAUGCAGUCGUAUGCCACCGGGGGCACUGUCACUGUCGACACCUGUUCCUCUCAGUUGCUAUACGAGAUCCAGGGUCCGUGGUACUUCAACUCAGAUGUCACGGCCAUCCUAAACGGCAUCCAUUUCGAACAAGUCGGCGUCAACCGAGUCGCCCUGCACGGCGUCCGCUCCGCUCCACCUCCACCCACCACCAAAGUCGGCAUCACAGCCCGUGGAGGCUUCCAAGCAGAAGCAUCCUGGUUCCUUGUCGGACUCGACAUCGACGCAAAGGCUCGCAUGCUCGAAGCCCAGAUCCGACACCUCCUAGCCCCGUAUAGUUCCAAAUACACGUCCCUCGAGUUUUCAACCCUCGGGUCCGUCCCAGACAACCCAAAAGACCAGAACAGCGCUACUGUCACCUUCCGGGUCAUUGUUCAAGCUCGUAACGCCGAAGACAUCGCCCCCAAUCGCUUCCUCCGUCACAUCACAGACAAUAUCAUGCAGGGCUACCCAGGCGCAACCUUUCACCUAGACCUCCGCCAGGGCUUCCCCAAACCCAUCUUCGAAUACUACGUGACUCUCCUUCCCCAAGAAGACAUCAAACACCGUGUCCACCUCCCAUUCAAAGAUAAUAAAGUCCUUGACAUCCCUGCUCCUCCAAAGACAACAACCUACCCAUCCCAUCAACCCUCCCAAGCCCUAACAACUACCCCCAUCACCCACCCCGACUUCGGCCAAACAACCCCCGGUCCAUUAGGCUGGCUCAUCCACGCUCGUUCGGGUGACAAGGGCCCCGACGCAAACUGCGGAUUCUGGGUGCGCCACAGCGACGAAUACGCCUGGCUGCGGUCACUACUCUCAACAGAAAAGAUAACAGAACUUCUAGGGCCCGGGUAUAACUCUAACGCUGAGCUGGCGAUUGAGCGGUGUGAGCUACCGAACUUAAGGGCUGUACACUUUUUGUUCCGGAAUUUGUUAGAUCGUGGUGUCUCGAGUACCACCACGGUGGACUUUUUGGGGAAGAAUGUUGCGGAGUUUUUGAGGGCUAGGUGGGUGGAUUUGCCAGUGAGGUUUUUGAAUCGGGGGAGGUUGUGA